UCCAAUUCAGGAAAAAACAAAAAAAACAACUAAUGUUCCAUUUCACAAGUGCUCCUCCUAGUUAACGCCUAUGUGGGCUACUGGCACCGUCUGUCAGGGAAACGCGAAACCUCAAUGGCAAUGGCAAUUUCUCAUAGCACGCACUCCACACUUCCCAACGCGAAACCCUAGCUUCUGAGUAGCAGACUUUAUUGUGCCAAUUUCACUCCCUCGAAUCCGAUCACUUUUCCUCUUCAAUUUCGCUCUUGUUGACCUUUAUCGUGCUAAUUCGCUGAAGGAGAACAACAACAACAACUCUCUCAGCUUUAUUCCUCUCAUUUUGCCCCAAUCGGUGCCACAAUAUUAAGCCUUGGAGAAACCUUAAUGGCUCACUGUUCUAACAAGGAUAAUGACCCAAGUGCAUCUCAAUUAAGUUGGUGGUAUGUAGAUAUAUCUUAUCAAGAACUAAAAAAGGGAAGUUACAAAGUGAUGCGCUCAGAUGAAACUUUCAUUUGUCCGUACUGUCCCGAGAGAAAACAGGAUUAUAAGUACAGGGAACUCCUUAAUCAUGCUUCUGGGGUGGGUCGGAGUAGUUCAGAAAAGAGAUCUGCAAAAGAGAAGGCUAAUCAUCUGGCUUUAGUGAAAUAUUUGGAAAAGGAUCUUGCGUAUAUGGAUGGCCCAUCAAAACCUGUAGAUAAAGGUGCCAAAUUAUUAAGCCCAGGAGAAACCGUAAUGCCUCACUGUUCUAAUAAGGAUACUGAUAUAAGUGCAUCUCAAAUAAGUUGGUGGUAUGUUGAUACAUCUUACGAAGAACUCAAAAAGGGAAGCCACAGUGUGAAAACCUCGGACGUGACUUUCAUCUGUCCAUACUGCCCUAGGAGAAAACAGGAUUAUUUGUACAGGGAACUCCUAGAACAUGCUUAUAUGGUGGGUCGGAGUAGUUCUGAAAAGAGAAGUGCGAGAGAGAGGGCCAAUCAUCUUGCUUUAGUGAAAUAUUUGGAAAAUGAUCUUAUUAUUAUUAUGGAUGGCCCGUCAGAACCUGUGGAUAAAGGUACUAAAUUAAGCCUAGGACAAACUGUAGUGGCUCAAUGCUCUAACAAGGAGACUGGUAUGAGUGCAUCUCCAAUAAAUUGGUGGUAUGUAGAGAAAUUUUACAAAGAACUCAAAAAGGGAAAUCACAUGGUGCAAACCUCAGAUCUGACUCUCUGUUGUCCAUACUGCCCUAAAAAAAGAAAACAGGAUUAUGUGUACAGGGAACUUCUUGAGCAUGCUUCUGGGGUGGGCCAGAGUAGUUCAGAAAAGAGACAUGUCAGAGAGAAGGCCACUCAUCUGGCUUUAAUGAAAUAUUUGAAAAAUGAUCUCAAGUAUUUGAAUGAUCCAUCAAAAUCUGUGAAUGAAGGUAACCCCCCCGUUAACAGGGUGCAUCAGAUUAGUUCACAAGAGAGAAGUGUCAGAGAAGACGCUACUCAUCUGCCUUCAGCGAAAUACUUCAAAAAGGAUCUUACAAAUGUGAGUGAUCCAUCAUCAAAACCUGUAAAUGAAGGAACCAUAACAGGAAGCCCAGGAGAAACUGUAAUUGGUUGCUGCUCUAACAAAGAUAGUAAUAUAAGUUCAUCUCAAAUUGGGCGGUAUGCAGAAAAAUUUUAUGAAGAACUCAAAAGGGGGAUACACAAUGUGAAAACCUCAGAUGAGACUUUCAGGUGCCCAUACUGCUCUAAUAAAAAGAUAAAUCGGGAUUAUGUUUACAGGGAAAUCCUUGAACAUGCUUCAGGGGUGGGUCAGAGUAAAUCUCAAAAAAGAAGUUUCAUCGAAAAGGCCAAUCAUCUGGCUUUAGUAAAAUAUUUGAAAAAGGAUCUUAUGAAUGUGGGUGCUCCGUGUCCAUCAAAACCUAUGGAUCAAGGUACCAAAACAAUAAGCCCAGGAGAAACUGUAAUGGGUCACUACUCUCAUAAUGACAAUAAUAUAAGGGCAUCUCAAAUAAGUGGGUGGUAUGUACAUAAAUCCUAUGAAGCACUCAAAAAGGGAAGCCACAAUGUGAAAACCUCAGAAAUGACUUUCUCUUGUCCAUACUGCCCCAAUAAGAAGAGAAAACGGGAUUAUGUGUACAGGGAAAUCCUUGAACAUGCUUCUGGGGUGGGUCAGAGUAGCUCAGAAAAGAGAAGUGCCAUUGAAAAGGCUAAUCAUCUUGCUUUAAUGAAAUAUUUGGAAAAGGAUCUUAUGAUUGUGGAUGGUCCACCAAAAACUGCAGAUGAAGGCAGUCCUCCUUUCAAUUUUGAGAAGCAGUUUGUGUGGCCAUGGACUGGGAUCGUGGUUAAUAUUCCUACUAGACUGACAGAAGAGGGAUGUUGUGUUGGGGAAAGUGGUUCCAAGCUGAGGGAUGAAUACCGAAGUAGGGGAUUUAAUCCACAAAGAGUCCGCAUUCUUUCAAAUUUCUGUGGUCAUUCUGGAACUGCAGUUGUGGAAUUCAAUAAAAAUUGGACAGGCUUAGAUAAUGCUUUAGCAUUUGAAAGAGCAUAUGAAUUAGAUCAUCAUGGGAAAAAAGACUGGUUUGCUAAUACAGAGCAUAAGUCUGGUAUUUAUGCAUGGAUUGCUCGAGCUGACGACUACAAGGUAAACAAUAUCAUUGGGGAACAACUGCAGAAGAUGGGGGAUAUCAAAACAAUAUCUGAACUUAUGGAAGAAGAAGCUCGAAUGCAGGAUAAACUUUUGUCCAGCUUGAAUAAUACUCUUCAGGUCAAGAAGAAGCGAUUAAAGGAGAUGGAAGUAAAAUAUUAUGAGACUUCACAUCGUAUGGACAUUGUAAUGGGGGAAAUAGAUAAGCUCACUCAAGGUCACAAUCAAGAGAUGAAGAAAAUACAGUCAAGUGCAACUCAACACUUCCAGAAUAUUUUUAAUGGUCAUGAAAGGCUUAAGUUGCAACUUGAAUCUCAGAAAAGGGAGCUUGAGUUGAGGAGAAUUGAAUUGGAAAAACGUGAGGCACGUAACGAAAGUGAAAGAAAAAAGUUGGAAGAAGAGAUUAUGGAGAAUGCAUUGAAAAAUAGCUCUCUUGACAUGGCUGUUCUGGAGCAACAAAAAGCUGGUGAAAAUGUUUUGAAACUGGCUGCAGAUCAAAAGCGGCAAAAAGAACAAUUUCAUGCUAAAAUCAUCCUGCUUGAAAGACAACUGGAAGUGAAACAAAAACUAGAAUUGGAGAUUCAACAACUGAAAGGAAAAUUAAAUGUCAUGGCGUACAUAGAAGAUGAUGGGGACACAGAAGUUCUGAAUAAGGUGGAUGCUUUACAUAAGGAUUUAAGAGAAAAGGAACAGUCACUGCGAGACUUGGAUUCCCUGAACCAAACACUGAUUAUUAAAGAGCGUCAGAGCAAUGAUGAGCUACAGGAAGCUCGAAAAGAAUUGAUUAAUGGCAUUAAAGAGAUAUCUUGUCGUGCUAAUGUUGGUGUAAAGAGAAUGGGGGAGCUUGAUAUUAGACCAUUCCUUGAAGCUAUGAAGAAAAAAUAUAAUGAUGAGGAUGCAGAAGAUAGAGCUUCAGAACUGUGUUCGUUGUGGGAAGAGUAUAUAAAGGACCCAGACUGGCAUCCAUUUAAAAUUACCAUGAUUGAAGGGAAACAUCAGGAAAUCAUAGAUGAUGAUGAUGAAAAGUUGAAGGGACUGAAAAAUGAGAUGGGUGAAGGAGUCUACAAAGCUGUGGUGACAGCUUUGACAGAGAUAAAUACAUAUAAUCCAAGUGGGCGGUAUAUAACCUCUGAAUUAUGGAAUUAUGAAGAGGGAAAGAGAGCUACCUUGCAAGAGGGAGUAAAAUUGUUAUUGAUGCAAUGGAAACUAACUAAACAAAAAAGGGGGACAAUGUGAAGGUCGGUAUGUGUGUAAUUAAAAUAAGGAAUAAAUAAACAUGUUGCUUUCCAAGAAGAGCCAAAUGUGCUUUGGAGCCAAGCUGUCACAUCUAAAGGGCUGAAUGAAUAUUUUUAAGGAAUACAGGUUAUAUUUAAACUAAUUUUCUCUUUGCACUCCAUACAUCCAUGGAGGUUCUUUUAUUACCAAUCUGUAUUCAUAAUAAUUAUGCUUACUGUUUAGGUCAGGUUCCAUCUUAGACCGAAACUUCCAACUCGGGUCCCCAAAUGCGUGAAACAUUCAAUGAAAUGUUGAGAUAUGAUAAAAAUAGGCUAUUAAGAUAAAUACAAAUUAUAUUUCCUAAAUCAGCAACAUAA